CGCGCCGGCGCUGCACGGGAGCCUGCCCGCCGCCGCCCGCUUUGUGCUUCCCCCCGAAGAUGGGAGCGACCUCUCCUAGCUCAGGAGCUAUUUAAAAGGAGGGAAGUGCUCCGUCUUGCCUACCAGCGUGGAGGAACUGGGGAGGGAUCCAGCCACACUCUCCCAAACCAGUAGGUUGGGACAAUUGAACUCUGCCGUUGUCCAACAUGCUGCAAUUCAGUCUCUCACCCACCUUUUCGAUGGGGUUUCAUGUGUUAGCCAUGGUGGCUCUCUUGUUUUCUCACGUGGACCAUGUAAGUGCUGAGACAGAAAUGGAAGGAGAAGGCAAUGAAACCGGCGAGUGUACUGGCUCCUAUUACUGUAAGAGAGGAGUGAUUUUACCCAUUUGGGAGCCCCAAGACCCUUCCUUUGGGGACAAAAUUGCUAGAGCGACUGUGUAUUUUGUGGCCAUGGUCUACAUGUUUCUUGGAGUCUCUAUCAUUGCUGACCGAUUCAUGUCCUCUAUAGAAGUCAUCACGUCUCAAGAAAAAGAAAUCACCAUAAAGAAACCCAAUGGAGAGACCACCAAGACAACUGUGAGGAUCUGGAAUGAGACGGUGUCCAACCUGACCCUGAUGGCCCUGGGAUCUUCAGCUCCAGAGAUUCUGCUUUCAGUAAUUGAGGUGUGCGGCCAUAACUUCACCGCAGGAGACCUCGGUCCUAGCACCAUCGUGGGGAGCGCCGCAUUCAACAUGUUCAUCAUUAUUGCGCUUUGUGUUUACGUCGUCCCGGACGGGGAGACAAGGAAGAUCAAGCAUUUGCGUGUGUUCUUUGUGACGGCAGCCUGGAGCAUCUUUGCCUAUACCUGGCUUUACAUCAUUUUGUCUGUCAUCUCUCCUGGGGUCGUGGAGGUCUGGGAAGGUUUACUUACUUUCUUCUUCUUUCCCAUCUGUGUUGUGUUUGCUUGGGUGGCAGAUAGGAGGCUUCUGUUUUACAAGUAUGUCUACAAGAGGUACCGGGCUGGCAAGCAGAGGGGAAUGAUUAUUGAACAUGAAGGGGACCGGCCAUCUUCCAAGACAGAAAUUGAAAUGGAUGGGAAAGUGGUCAAUUCUCACGUUGACAGUUUCUUAGAUGGCGCUCUAGUUCUGGAGGUCGAUGAAAGGGACCAAGAUGAUGAAGAAGCCAGGCGAGAAAUGGCUAGGAUUCUGAAGGAACUCAAGCAGAAGCAUCCAGAGAAGGAAAUAGAGCAAUUAAUAGAAUUAGCCAACUACCAAGUCUUAAGUCAGCAGCAAAAAAGUCGAGCGUUUUACCGCAUUCAGGCUACCCGCCUGAUGACCGGAGCGGGCAACAUUUUAAAGAGGCAUGCAGCUGACCAAGCCAGGAAGGCUGUCAGUAUGCACGAGGUCAACACGGAAGUGACUGAAAAUGACCCUGUCAGUAAGAUCUUCUUUGAACAAGGGACAUAUCAGUGUCUGGAGAACUGCGGUACAGUAGCCCUGACCAUUAUGCGUAGAGGUGGUGAUUUGACCAACACUGUGUUUGUUGACUUCAGAACAGAGGAUGGCACAGCCAAUGCUGGGUCUGAUUACGAAUUCACUGAAGGAACUGUGGUCUUCAAGCCUGGUGAGACCCAGAAGGAAAUCAGAGUUGGCAUCAUUGAUGAUGACAUCUUUGAGGAAGAUGAGAAUUUCCUUGUACAUCUCAGCAAUGUCAAGGUAUCUUCUGAAGCCUCGGAAGAUGGCAUCCUGGAAGCCAAUCAUGUCUCUGCACUCGCUUGCCUGGGGUCCCCCUCCACCGCCACCGUGACUAUUUUUGAUGAUGACCACGCAGGCAUCUUUACUUUUGAGGAAGCUGUGACUCAUGUGAGUGAGAGCAUUGGCAUCAUGGAGGUGAAAGUGUUGAGAACAUCUGGAGCGCGCGGAAAUGUUAUCGUUCCUUAUAAAACCAUUGAAGGGACCGCCAGAGGCGGAGGGGAGGACUUUGAGGACACGUGCGGAGAGCUUGAGUUCCAGAACGACGAAAUUGUGAAGAUCAUUACCAUUAGAAUAUUUGACCGUGAGGAAUAUGAGAAAGAGUGCAGUUUCUCCCUUGUGCUUGAGGAACCAAAAUGGCUAAGAAGAGGAAUGAAAGGUGGCUUCACAAUAACAGAGGAAUGUGAUGACAAGCAGCCGCUGACCAGCAAAGAGGAGGAGGAGAGGCGCAUUGCGGAAAUGGGGCGCCCCAUUCUGGGAGAGCACACCAGGCUGGAAGUGAUCAUUGAAGAAUCCUACGAGUUUAAGAGUACCGUGGACAAACUUAUCAAGAAGACAAAUCUAGCCCUUGUGGUUGGGACAAACAGCUGGAGAGAGCAGUUUAUCGAAGCGAUCACUGUCAGUGCUGGGGAAGAUGAUGAGGACGACGAAUGUGGGGAGGAGAAGCUGCCCUCCUGCUUCGAUUACGUGAUGCACUUUCUGACUGUGUUCUGGAAGGUGCUCUUCGCCUUCGUCCCCCCUACAGAGUACUGGAAUGGCUGGGCGUGUUUCAUCGUCUCCAUCCUCAUGAUUGGCGUACUGACGGCUUUCAUCGGAGACCUGGCUUCCCACUUCGGCUGCACUAUCGGCCUGAAGGAUUCCGUGACCGCGGUAGUGUUCGUCGCGCUUGGAACUUCAGUGCCAGACACAUUUGCAAGCAAAGUGGCAGCCACCCAGGACCAGUACGCAGAUGCAUCCAUAGGUAAUGUCACGGGCAGCAACGCAGUCAACGUCUUCCUGGGAAUCGGUGUGGCCUGGUCCAUCGCUGCCAUCUACCACGCAGCCAACGGGGAACAGUUCAAAGUGUCCCCUGGCACGCUAGCUUUCUCUGUCACUCUCUUCACCAUUUUUGCUUUCAUCAAUGUGGGGGUGCUGCUGUAUCGUCGGAGGCCAGAAAUCGGAGGUGAGCUGGGUGGGCCCCGGACUGCCAAGCUCCUCACAUCCUGCCUCUUUGUGCUCCUGUGGCUCUUGUACAUUUUCUUCUCCUCCCUGGAGGCCUACUGCCACAUAAAAGGCUUCUAAAGGAACAAUCAGAUAUAGUAAAUUUAUAUAUAUAUAUACAUAUAUAUACAUAAAAAAUUAUGUAUAAUGAACAGAGGAAACUGACAUUUGUCAUGUCCACUUACCUGCUGAUGGAAUCCAGCUUCAAGAGCAGACUCUGUACUAGGGCCGGAGUGAGAAAGCAUCACCUCCCGUUCCCAGGGGCAUCGUCAUGUUGAACCAGGCAUGGAGGCAGGGCCAUCUUUGCAGCUCAGCCUAGAAGGGCUGUGUUCUCCCCGGGUUCAUAAAUCGUUAAGUCUUUGAUUUGUUUUCUGUUUUUGCUUGUCUUUGGUGGGGGUUGGAGAGGAGGUUGAUGUUAGGCUUUUGUUUUGUUUUGGGAGGAUCAGGGUUCUUGCUUCUCUUGUGGGAGGUGAUGACCAAUCUAAAUGCAAAUGGGUUUUUGGUAAAAAUGGAAAUCAUUAAGAUUACUGUCCCUUCCCCCAAACACUUUAAAAAUUAUUUUGGAUUAAGAAAGGAAAUGGGCAUGGAAGAAGAAAGAAGCACGUCUUCACCAUAUUACUAAAUUUCAUGCUUAUCUCUGGAAUGGGAGCAGAGGUGAAGCUACCUCCAAGAAGAAACAUGGGAGCUGGAAUGGAACCCAGAAAAAUCAUGGUUCUAGAUAGAGUCUGAUGUUUAAAGAUCUGAUGCCUGGCACUCUUGUUCAACAGGUACAGGAACAAUGUGCCUAGAUUCCCAGGAACAUGCAAAAUCCUUCCUUAACUCUUUAGUGCUGGACUGUGAUUAGCAAGGCCCUUAUUCUGGUGUUCCAGCCCCACUAACCCCUCCAGGCGCCCCCAUCCCAACCCCACUCCUCCUGCCCACCACCCCUCAUAGAAACAGGAAGAACAAUCCCGUUCAAAAAGCACAUCAUCCUUUUCCAUUUGCAUCAGUAUGUGUCCCAGUCUCACAUUGCUGUCGCCUGGGAUCGUCCAUCAGUUUUGUUUUCAAAAGCAUCCAUGGCCUGUAACCUCCUGUUCCAGUCAUGACUGAACAUUUGCUCCUCCUUCAUGUGCCUGUUUGGGAAUGUUGUUGUGAUACCUGUUACACAGUGCAUGGAUGAAAAACAAAUACAACAAAACAAAGCGUAUCUGUAUAUAGUAGAGUAUAGCAUAUACUGUUCUCCCAUUGGGCAAUGUUGAUUGGACAUUGAAGACGUGAGUUUUCUUUUCACCUGAGUUGUAACUUUUGUGUUGUUAUUGAGUUUGAUUAGGGAUAAAAGGAGAAAACGGCUUAUUGUUCACGGAUCUGCACGUUGAUUUCUAAGAAGCGAUAACUGUUACAUGGGAAGUUAAAGCUAUUGAGAGGACAAAGGGCAAACUACAAAGUAUCUUCAUGGAAAAUGAGCCAUGUGAUGCACCCCAGAGGCCUCGAAAACUCACCUGUUGGUUCAGGCAGGCCAAGGAGAAGGGCAUUUAGAGAAGGGGAUGCGUUAGGAGUGCCUGGGCUUUGAAAGCCUUUGUUCCCACAACACCCUUGCCCCCGAAGUAUUUAUUUCACAUCUGCUCUGUCUGGCACAGAUGGUAGAUAGUGCUGGUUUGUUCAUUUUAUUUUUUUAUGUAAAAGGCUAUUUGGAGCCCUGUUUCUUUCACCGUCCAGACCCCUCUGAUUGUAUCUGCAGUUCCUGAGGAGGAAAGAAACCACGAUGAGCAACGGGCCUUUAACAGUGUGUCUUCUCUACUUAGUACUAAGGAGGAAGCAAUUAAAUGAGAUGAUUAGUGCCACCCAGGAGCAUUGCACCAGGAGGUUUUUAACCCUGGAAAAGGAAUGGCUCUAUUUCAGUAUCUGUGUGGAUAAACCCAACAUUCCAAAGCCAUGAGUCCACAAACAAGGUAUAAACAGAACGACUUAGGUUCCCUCUCAGACACUUCUCUAUCCAUAAAGAAUCCCAGGCCAGAGACACCCCUAAGCCCUCUGUAUUGAUUCAAAGAUACUUAACUGUCAACAAUUUCUAUUUUCUCUUCUUCCACUUAGUAAUCACAAUCGCUCAUCAUGUAAUAAACAUUGGGUGCCUGAAUGAAUAAUUAAAUGCUAGUUACCUGCUCAAUCUGCCAGGUACUGUGCUAUAUCUUGAGGACUAAAUCAUGGACAAGACAGCCCAGAUCCCUGUCCUGAAGGGGUAUGUCAAUGUCAUGGCCAUUUCCCUGAGUAAAACUAACAUGGAACCAGUUUGGUCUUAUAAGAAAAACACAAUUCUCAAAUAGUGACGAUUUUCUUUAACUGCAAGAGUAAGGCAUAGGGUAAGGAAGGCACUCUGUGUAUCCUUAGCCAAUCUUACAGAUCUGUGCAUCUUCCCAUUUUAAACCAAGUAAGGCCAUCGUGCUGGUGACUCAGAUCACCGAGAAGGCCCAGUUAAUCCCAAUUUUUCAUCUUUGUUGGACAACAGUACUUUUCCAUGCCCCCCCCCACAGCUCUACAAUUUUUCAUACCUCCUGGAGCCUCACCCCUGACCUGUCGUGGCCCAACACACUGAUAGCCUAACUCCUUUGAGGGCACACUCUAACCCAUUUUUUUGAAGAUUUUUUUCCGUGGAAAGCUAGCCUAGAAACAUCAAGUAAAUAGUCAAGGGAUAUGAACUGUUUAAACAUGAGAAAGAUUUUGCACUCCUUUCUAGCCAUAUUUGGAAUGUUAAGAAUCCCAUAGCAAAUUUUCACAGAGAACUUUAAGAAAUCCUUGCCCUUGGUCAAUUUCAAUUUCAAAGAUUUUGGUUUGUUUGCUUUUUAAAUUUUCAUGUUAUAGGGAAACUAUGAUUUUGGUUGUUCAGGGUUGUGUUAGUAAUUAUAGUCGUGUAAAAUUAUUUCAUUUUGUUUGAUUAUUUUAUUUUGUGUGUAUUGUGCACAGCUUGCGGGGGGGAGUGCACUAAUUGUGCUGUUCCUUAUAAAUGGUACACAUUCUUGACACAGACGAAUAAAGUUUCUAAUUGUUUCUGAUUUAA